AUGGUAGCCAGUUUUGUGGUGAACGAGGAUGAUAAUGCUGGACUCGAGGAGGAAUUGCGAGAAGCGUUCCGUCUCUACGAUAAAGAGGGUAACGGUUAUAUCGCCGUAUCAGAUCUACGGGAUAUCUUACGUGCCCUUGACGAGAAUGUUUCUGAGGACGAACUGGAUGAAAUGAUUGCCGAAAUUGAUGCAGAUGGUUCAGGCACCGUCGAUUUUGAUGGUAACAGCUCAAAGUUCAAAAUUCUAAUUCCAAUAUUAGACCUCCAAAUCCUGAAACCAAAUUUCAGAUUCCUUGUAUAA